AUGAUGGCCCUCGUUAGUAUGUCUCCAUGCACACCUGAGUAUGACCGGAAAGCUGAGCUCACAGCUUUUGACGAAACCAAAACAGGUGUCAAAGGACUUGUAGACGCCGGAAUAACGGAGGUCCCUCGGAUGUUCCACCUACCCUCACCUGAAAAUCUAAACUCCAAUCAACACUCACACUCAGAGCUUAGUCUUCCGACCAUCGAUCUGGAAGGAAUCAACGAAGAUCCGAUCCGGAGAAAGGAGGUGAUCGAGAAAGUGAAGGAUGCAUUCGAGACAUGGGGUUUCUUCCAGAUUGUGAAUCAUGGAAUUCCUGAUAGCAUGUUGGAGGAGAUGAAAAAAGGUGUUUUAGGGUUUUUUGAGCAGGAUAGUGAGGUGAAGAAACAGUGGUACACUAGGGAUCGCAGCGGGAAACAUAAGUUUGUGCACCACAGCAACUUUGACUUGUACACUGCAGCGGUGACUAACUGGCGAGACUCUUUCUUUUGCACCAUGGCUCCUGAUACUCCUCAACCAGCCGAGUUGCCACCGCCUUGCAGAGAUAUUUUAUUGGAGUACUCAAGACAAGUGAUUAGACUCGGAAGUUGUCUAUUGACGUUGAUGUCAGAGGCUCUAGGGCUCGACCCAAAUCAUCUUUUAGACAUGGGAUGUGGCGAUGGGCUUGCUGUCCUCGGUCAUUACUAUCCUCCUUGCCCACAACCAGAGUUAACCAUAGGCACCCCGGACCACACUGAUAACGAUUUCAUCACCAUUCUUCUACAAGAUCAUGUUGGUGGCUUUAAGAUCUUGUAUCAAAACCAAUGGACCGAUGUUCAUCCUACACAAGGAGCUCUUGUAGUGAAUGCUGGAGAUCUUUUACAGCUAGUUACAAAUGACAAGUUUGUGAGUUCACGACACAAGGUGGUGGCAAACAAGGUUGGUCCAAGAGUAUCAGUGGCAUCGUUCUUUAUGACUGAGACCUUGCAAGUUAUUGAGCCAAUCAAGGAUUUACUUUCUAAAGAUAAUCCAGCCAAGUAUAGAGGCACAACAGCGAAAGAAUAUGUUGAUUACUACAGAGCAAAAGGAAUUGAUGGCACUUCUGCUCUUUUGCAUUUCAAGAUCUAG